AAAAUCUCAGCAAAAGCAAACCGCACAGAACUUUCCCACUCACUCUCACUCUCCUCUCCCACAUUCUCCCCUUUAGGGUUUGGCUGCGCUCUUCUCCUUCAAAAAAUGAGUAAGCACCCAGAAGUUCUUUGGGCGCAGCGAUCGGAGAAGUUGUAUUUGACGAUCUCGUUGCCAGAUGCGAAGGAUGUUAGCGCGAAGAGCGAGUCUGAGGGCCUGUUCAAUUUCUCGGCCACUGGAGCCCAUGGAGAGCCUUUCACCUUCAGUCUUGAGCUUUAUGGGAGUAUAGUUCCUGAGAGUAAUGAAGUGAAUAUUGGACUACGUAACAUACUAUGCUCAAUUCAGAAAGAGAAGAAAGGUUGGUGGAAGCGACUGCUGAAGUCGGAUGAGAAGCCUGCUCCAUAUAUUAAGGUUGAUUGGAACAAGUGGUGUGACGAGGAUGAAGAAGAAUCAAAUGAGUCUCUUGCUUCUGAUGAUGAUGCUAAUGAGGAAGAAGAAAGUGAUGAUGAUGAUGGGCUUCUCUAUCUUCCUGACCUGGAGAAAGCUAGAAAAGCUCUGUAAGUACUCAAGAAUGUUUGGAGAAAGAUCCGUUGUCACAAACAGCUAGAUGUUUCUUCAGUAGCUGGGUUAGUUCUAUACUUUUGUUCUUGUAUAUAUGGCUAGAAGAUUAGGCUGUUAAAUAAUUACACCAACUUUGUCAAAACUCAUUUAUUGUCAAACCAUGCCUGGAUUAACAUCUACUUUUUAAUUUAGAUUGUGGAGCUAGCAGUUUGCUGAUAUGUUUCAGUUUAAAAACAUCA